AAUUUAAUACUCGAAGAAUUUAAUAAAAAAAAAACUUCACAUUGAAAUACUUCAAAUUUUACUGUAUAUAAUUGAUUCGUUACAGUUUAAUUGAUCAAUUGAUGAAAUAAUUAAUAUUCAUCAUUAAUGAAUUAAUCAGAUAUAGAAGAUGCCCGACUACUAUAUAACAGGUAUUGAAUGGAAAUAAAUUAUUGUGAUCAGUAAUAUGAUUAUAUCAUGUGUUGUAAUAAUGUGAUUAACAUUAGUUUGCUACUGUUUAUUGAUAGUUUCAAGUUUCAUUGCAUCUAUUCUACUUAAGACUGGUUUUACAAUUAUUUGAAAAAAUUAAAUAUAAAAUUAUAGUUUCUAACAUUACAAACAAAUGUGUUUAUCUAAGUGAUAGCAAAAUAUUACCGAAAUAUCAAAUUCACUCAAAAUAAGAUAAAUAAACAAUAGACAACGAAAACUAAAGAAUUAACUAAUGUUAACCUUUUAAAUGUUUACUUCACAUUAACAUCAUUACUUUCACAAGUGGAUUGGAAAGCAGAAAAGUGUAAAUAACAUUUAAGUUCCUAAAUAAUUAAACUUUUGUGAAAUAUAUAAAAAGAUAUCUACUGUUACUUAAAAAUGCCAGUUCAUCAUAAAAAGCUCAAAUAUGAGAAGCGACGAUCACAUUUGAUUAAACCUAUUCAAUCGUCAUCAAUACCUACUUCAAAAUUUCACCAAGUGUGUUUUUCACCAAAAAGUAAAAGUUCUCAAGACGUGAAAUCUCAAAGUAAAUAUAAUGGUUUUACAAAACAUAAAAAAAAAUACAAAUAUUCCAUAGAUGAAAUCAAAUUAAUCCAACCCGAUUCAAUUGAUAUUGAAUCUCUUACAUUUUCACCAACAAAAUUAUCCUCCUCUACAUCUCGACAAUUUGACUUCGAUUUGACAAAUUCUGGUAAAUGUCGUAGACAUGUUGGAGAUAAUCUAGAUUAUCAUAUAACUCAAUUAGAGAACUUCACAUUUAAUCCAGUAUCACAUGACAAUUUGUAUUCUUACUUAAACAUGACAGAAGAACUAAAAGUUGAUGAAGAAAAUAUUAAAAUGAAUUCGGAAAAUCAAGAAAAAGAAGAAAUCAGUAAAAAAGAAGAAUUAACUGACUAUGCAGAUUCCGACAGAUCACAUUUGCGGUUCGAUCAUCAAAAUGAUGAUGAUGAUGAUAAUUAUACUGAAAGUGGUGAAGGAACUUUUAAUGACAGGAGUGAAAUAAAUGAAGAUAAAAAUGAAAAAUAUGCGUUAAAACUAAAGGAUGAAAAUGAUGAUUAUGAAGAAGAGGAAGAAAAUUUUAUGGUAGAAGAAGAACAUAUUGUUAGUGAAGCAGAGAUAUCAAGCAUUGAAAGUAAAACUACGUAUGAAAGAGUAAUGGAAUCAGUGAUAUUUAAUACCACAAUUACAAAAAUGUCGGAAGCAGAUGAAAAAAGGGCAGCUUUAGAAGAAGAAAUCAAAGAACUACAAAAAGAAGUUAAAAUGCUACAAAAUAAAGAAGAUGCAACGGAUAGCGAUCAUGAAAUCUUAAAACAAAAACAAUUGGAUUUAGUGGAAAAAAUAAAAGCGUUAGAUUUUGCGACUAAAAAAUUACAGGAAGAUUUAGGUCUUGAUUCAUCUCCGAGUCAUGAUUAUACUUCAGAAUUCAUUCCACCUAUUUCUCGACCUAACUUAAAAGAUCAAGAAACAGUGGAAUCUAAGAUAGAUCGAUGGAAAGCAUGGGAAGACGAUAAUAAAAAUGAACUUGAAUCUUCUCAACAAUCAUAUCUUGAGGAUAAAUUACCCAGAGUUAUAGUUUGUGGACGUACAGAUCAUGGAAUUCCUAGAAUUGUUAUUGCUGGUAGUCCAAAAGAAGUUAAUGAUAAUAUUAAAAAUGCUAAAGACAUUUCGGAAAUAACAUCAAAUAAUAUUCAAGAUAGACAAAAUAAAGUUAAUAAUGGAAUGACACAGUUGGAGAAUGAUCCAGUGAAAAUACAAGAAGAAAAAAAUUACGUAGUUGAAAAUCUUCAACAAAAAAUAUGCCAUCUUCAAUCAGAAAUGCGUAUGAUUAUGCGAGAAAAUGAAAAAUUAAGCCGGCAAAUGACAUUUUUGAAUCAAAAAAUUGGUUAUCCAAACUGUCCUACUGAUUGUUCGAGUAAUUCACCACGAUUUAGUCCACGUUCACAGACUAAUCCUGACUAUUGCAACAGUAUUUGUGCACAUUUGAAGCAACAAAAACUUAAUAAUAAUUUUCAAAGAUUAUCUGGAGGUGGAUCAGGUGAAAAUAUCUGUUGUUUCUCUCAAUUAUCUCCGAAUUUUAACCAAGAUAAAUUCAUGGCUUCUCGAGGUCCUACUUUAAUUCCUGUAUCAAAAAUUAAAUCCGCAUCACAAGCAUGUCCCGCAGAAAUUGAGGAUAAAUUGAUGAAUUAUGAAAGCGACACAAAGCAAUUGGAGCAACAGUUAAUGACGAUGGAAACAACAGUGCAUCAAAUAAAAUUACAAUUAGAAAAUACUCAAAAAGAACGACAUCAGUUACAGCAACAAAGUAAACUGCUUAAAUGUACAGCUCCUUGUGCUCCAUGUCCUUGUCCAAGUUCUGGAAAUGUUCAAAACCCUUUGGCUUUUGAUCAGUCUAUGACAGGAACAAUUCCACCAUGUACUGGACCUUGUACGAAUGCUCCAACGGGAACAAAUGAUUGUCUCUUACAACAACUACGUGAUUUAAGAGAACAAUACACUCGUUUGCAAGAAGAUUAUAAAAAUAAAUUAAAAGAAGUUUCUUACCAUCGAACUAACAUUGAUAAGAUGAAACAGGAUGUAAGAGAAGCUAUGAAUGCUAAAGAAAAAGCAGAAAAUCAAGUAGUUGAUUUACAAGAACGAUUAAAAAUGUUUGAGUCCGAUAAAAAUAAAUAUAAUGGUAGUAAGGAGCAAAUUAUGGAACAGGAACAUACAUUAAUAGUAAUGAAACAAAGGUAUAGAGAAUCCCAAGAUGAGCUUGAAGAAUUAAGAGCUUUGAUUCAAGAUCAAGCUAAUCAAUUAGAAGAUUAUCGCAAUAAAUAUUUGCAGGCUCAAGAACAAGUAGAGGAACAAAAAAGACAAUUAGAUUUAAUGGAAAUGGAUAAUGCUAGAAUGAAUGAUAAUGUUACUUUAGAAAUAGGAAGAGUGAAGAAUCAAUUUCAAGAAAAAUUGGCUGAAUUAGCACCUCUACCCGAUCUUCUUAAACAAACUCAAAUCAAACUUCAAGAAUGUCAACAAAAACGAUUAGUAGCAGAGAGGAAUUGUGAAGAACUUACGAGAGAAUUAUUGAGUUGUAAAGAAAAAAUUGGAGCUAUGACCAAUCAAUCAGAAAUGUUAAAAAAUGAAAAUGUUAUGCUAAAAGGUUCGAAUCCAGAUCAAUUGGAUGAUUUAGAAAAUAGCAAUCGAGAAUUAAGAAAUGAAAACGAAAGGUUGAAGAAUGCAAUCGCAAGAUUUGAAGAUCGAGAAGCAGACAAUAAAAGAAAACUUGAUGAAAAAGCACAUGAAAUUGUUCAGUUGACUUCAAUGUUAGAACAAAUUCGUGAAGACUCAGCAAGACAAGUAAGUAGAACAAAAGAAAGAUGUGAGACUGUGAGGAGAAGUAUGCAAGCUCAAAUUAAUGAACUUGAGACGCAGUUAGUACAGUGCAGAGCUGCAGCAAAAUCAGCACAAAGAGAUCGAGAUGAGAUCAGACAAAAAAUGCAAGGUCAACUAAAUCAUUUGUAUGAAAACUUUGAUCUUGCUCAAGGUAGAAUUCGAACUCUUCAAGCUCAUGUUAAUUAUUUAAAGACAUCCUACAGCAAUAUCUUCAAUCCUGUAAAACCUGGAGAAGAUCAAAUGAAUUCUUCACCACCGUCUUUACCAUUAGAAACUAAUAUAUUGUAAUUGGCUUAUUAUGAUUAUAUCCAAUUUAUUUAUAAAA